UUCCAAAGCGAUGUAGCAAGAUGUGCAAACAGAUUACGAUCGGAAUUUGUGUGUGGCCAUGGCGAUGAGGAUCCCAGUCCGGCAAAUGAAUGGCAAAGUGAUCAUUCUUGAAGUGAUGCCGAACCUAAGCAUCCGGGAGUUUAAGCAAAAGCUAAAAGAAUGGCAGCCGUGUGAAGACGAGGUCGUGCGCAGUAUGACCACGGUAGAUUUAGUUGUUGAGGGGCAGAAGUUGCAGGACGCUGAUGAAACACUUGCUACCUCCAGAAUUUCUCCAGAAGCUGUUGUGAAUGUUCUCUUUACAAUCAGCCCAGUUGAGUGCUCAAGCAGACAAGACUCGGGUUGUGAUGUGAGAGACCUGCUUGUCGUGGCCGUCCCAGAGACUGUAGCGCACAUCGCAGAAAGUGCCUUUCUCAAAUGUGUUUCUUUGGUCGAAGUGACAAUCCCCAAGUCAGUUGCUUUGAUUGGGGACAAUGCUUUUGGCUUUUGUAGCUCACUGCAGACUGUGGAGAUUCCAAACUCUGUGUCAUACCUUGGACACUCUGCAUUCAGAGGGUGCAGGUCUUUGGCAAAUGUCACAAUUCCGAAUUCUGUAACUCGCAUUGGCUGCUUUACAUUUCACGGCUGCAUCUCCUUAAAGAGUGUAACGAUUCCUCGCUCUGUGACGAGCAUCGAUUUCUUUGCCUUCGGUGGAUGCAGCUCUUUGACGAGCUUGACAGUGUCCGACUCGGUGACUCAAAUUGGAGCCUUUGCCUUCAAAGGUUGCAAGUCCUUGGCAAGCUUGAUAAUGCCUGAUGCAGUGACUGACAUCGGGGACUUUGCUUUUGAAGGUUGCAGCUCAUUGUCACGCUUGGCAAUCCCCAGCUUUGUAACGCGUAUUUCACCUAGUGCCUUCCAACACUGCAGCUCCUUGGAAACCUUGACCAUACCCAACUCUGUGACAGAGAUUGCAAGUGAUGCCUACCGCGACUGUCGCUCCUUGAAAAGCUUGGUGAUUCCCGACUCUGUGACCCAGAUUGGGGACUGUGCUUUCAGUGGCUGCCACUCGUUGAUAAGAGUGGUGCUUCCGAACUCUUUGAACCACAUUGGACAGCGUGCCUUUUUCCGGUGCAGCUCUUUGUCAAGUUUGACAAUCCCAAACUCCGUGUGUAACAUUGGGGUUCGUGCAUUCAAUCGAUGUAGCUCAUUAGAAAGCUUGAACAUUGGCAACUCAGUGAGACACAUUGGAAGUCACGCGUUCGAUGGUUGCAGCUCGUUGACACACUUGGCAAUCCCGAAGUCUGUGACUUGCAUUGGAGUUGGCGCUUUCCAAGACUGCAGUUCGUUAGCUCAUGUGAGAGUUCGAGGCCGGAAGACGAAGUGCCCUCGCAGCGCUUUCGGCUGUCCAGCUCAAUUGAGGUUUCGAAAGUCUCCCAGCCAUUCUUAGGGUUCUGGUCUUUUCACAGCUGCGAGUGUGAACAAAAAGGAAUUAAGGCAUGCAUUGCUCAGCAAGAGAUCACGAGAGGUCAGGAGAAACAUGAAUCUAUGUGAUUAAUUGUGGACAGCUUUUCAGCUCGGGGCUUCUUUGUGCUCGUCAAACAGGGUCAUUACACUUCGGACUAUUACAGGACUGGUUAUUAAGCUUUGGGCUUGAUCGAGGAUACCAAAGUCGCUCUCUUCGAAAUCUUUCCUCAUUGAGCGAAGUAUUCGGUCUUGGCAGUGGCGCUUCAUGCGCACAGGUUCGAAGGACUUGAUGUCACUGUGCGGCAAACAACUGCCAAAGGACAUGUGAAAAAGGCAG